UUGCUUCAGGAGCUGAGACAGGAGGGAGCUUGCUCUCUUGGCCUUCUUUGUGCUUCUCUGAGCUAUGAGGCCGAGAAGAUCUUCAAGUGGAUUUUUAGCAAAUUUAGCUCAUCUGCAAAAGAUGAAGUUAAACUCCUCUACUUAUGUGCCACCUACAAAGCACUAGAGACUGUAGGAGAAAAGAAAGCCUUUUCAUCUGUAAUGCAGCUUGUAAUGACCAGCCUGCAGUCUAUUCUUGAAAAUGUGGAUACACCAGAAUUACUUUGCAAAUGUGUUAAGUGCAUUCUUUUGGUGGCGUACCCUCAUAUUUUCAGCACGAAUUUUAGGGAUGCAGUUGAUAUAUUAGUUGGAUGGCAUAUAGAUCAUACUCAGAAACCUUCGCUCACGCAGCAGGUCUCUGGGUGGUUGCAGAGUUUGGAGCCUUUUUGGGUAGCUGAUCUUGCAUUUUCUACCACUCUUCUUGGUCAGUUUCUAGAAGACAUGGAAGCAUAUGCUGAGGACCUCAGCCAUGUGGCCUCUGGGGAAUCAGUGGAUGAAGACGUCCCUCCUCCAUCAGUGUCAUUAGCAAAGCUGGCUGCACUUCUCCAGGUGUUUAGUACUGUGGUGAGGAGCAUUGGGGAACGCUUCAGCCCAAUUCGGGGUCCUCCAAUUACUGAGGCAUAUGUAACAGAUGUUCUGUACAGAGUAAUGAGAUGUGUGACGGCUGCAAACCAGGUGUUUUUUUCUGAGGCUGUGUUGACAGCUGCUAAUGAGUGUGUUGGUGUUUUGCUCGGCAGCUUGGAUCCUAGCAUGACUAUACAUUGUGACAUGGUCAUUACAUAUGGAUUAGACCAACUGGAGAAUUGCCAGACUUGUGGUACCGAUUAUAUCAUCUCAGUCUUGAAUUUACUCACGCUGGUUGUUGCUGUAGCCCAUGCUGUUUAUCAAGCAGUGCUCAGCUUGAAGAAUAUUCCUGUUUUGGAGACUGCCUAGAAGUUAAUAUUGGGAGAAAUGACUUGUGCCCUAAACAACCUCCUACAUAGUCUGCAACUUCCUGAGGCCUGUUCUGAAAUAAAGCAUGAGGCUUUUAAGAAUCAUGUGUUCAAUGUAGACAAUGCAAAAUUUGUAGUUAUAUUUGACCUCAGUGCCCUGACUACAAUCGGAAAUGCCAAAAACUCACUAAUAGGGGUGAGUCUUUGAUUGUAAAGACUUUGUUUUAUCCACAUUUCAACUUUUUCUCAUUACAUAUUUAUGUAUUUCACUAUCAUGUCAACAUGUCUGCAGAAUUCCUGUGUGUAACAAAUAGCCAUAUUUAAGACAUGCCUGGAUAAAUAAAAUUAGUAGGAACAUUUUCUUGCCAUUAUAUUUAA